AUGAUCACCCUCUACACACAUGAAAUCUCGGGACACUCUCACCGCGCCAGGCUCUUGCUCGACAUCCUCGGGCUCGAAUACCAAAUCGAACGCGUGGAUUUGAUGGCAGGCGAACACAAACAACCCGAGUUCCUCACCUUGAACCCCUUCGGUCAGGUGCCGGUGCUUGUCGACGACGAGGUCGUCCUCUCGGACUCGACCGCCAUCCUCGUCUACCUCGCGCUUCGCUACGACGCGCAGCGCCAGUGGUUGCCAAGAGAUCCUCUCCAGGCCGCCAGGGUUCAACGUUGGUUGAGCGUCGCCUCGAACGAGGUCGUUCGAGGUCCAGGAAAUGCUCGCCUCGUCAAGCUCCUGGGCGCCGGACACGACCUGGAGAAAGCACAGCAAAUGGCCGCGCGUCUCUACACACUGCUCGACCAGACGCUCGAGCAGGGGCAAUGGCUUGUGGGAGACGACCCCACGCUCGCUGACAUCGCCAUUUAUAGCUACACCGCCGUCGCGCAUGAAGGAGGCGUGGACCUCGCGCCUUACCCCAACGUGUUGGCCUGGCUCGAGCGCGUGCGCGACAUCAAUGGGUUCACCGAGAUGACCAUCCAGCCUCGCGAAGAGGCUGCCUGA